AUGGAGCUCUUCGAGACCAACCCUUAUUUUUUUCCGGACCAGAGGUUUUACGAUGGAGAAAAUUUCCUGGGCUCCCGCUUGCAGGGCUAUGAACCGUCGGCGUUCCCCGAGCGUCCCGAGGUGGCCCUGUGUCCCGAGGGCAGGGUGGCUUUGGAGGAGAAGGACUCAGCCCUGCCUGAGCACUGUCCCGGGCAGUGCCUGCCCUGGGCCUGCAAGGUGUGCAAGCGGAAGACGGUGUCCAUCGACCGGCGGCGGGCAGGCACCCCGCGGGGGGCACCCCGC